UAGAAGUAGUUUUUUUGCGAAGUUUGGUUAAUAAGAACGAUGUUUUUGUUGACGCAAAGUCGGCAAAGAGCAUUACGAAUACGAUUUAAUGUUAUGAAAUACCGUUACAGUAAUAAAGGCAUGAAAUGGACUACAUCACGGCUGUCACCACUUGCGAUUCAGCGAAGGAUCUCUACGCUGUUCUCGAUAAACUGUUAUCCGAAGGACCGGAGUCCGUACGAGAACGGGACUAUGCUCUAGUCCUGCAAGAAGCACUGGAAAAGUUAUCGAGUUUCGCUUGUGGUCUCAGCGAUUUCAUCCCUCAUCUGAAGCAUUUGCUGCGACUGGCGGACACCCAGGAUUCUCUGCGCUUGUUAAUAAGCCUUCUAAGAAACGGAUCACGCACGGUAAUUUUUGACGUUUUGAACCUCCUUGAGUAUCACGUGCUCCAUGUUCUGCCGACAUUUAUAUCCCUCGGAAUUCUGUCAAACGAAGCAGACGACUGGGCUGACGUUAUUAAAUUACUGGGAUCGCUUCCGGACCGCGUGACGCCAUAUAUGUUGAUAGAUUAUAGGGAAGUGUUAUCCGGGAAGAAAUUUUUCGACCACGUUUGCUGCUCAGUGCUAAACGGAUUGCAUCGAAAGCAUUUGGCGCUCAGCGAAAACCGCAGUGUUUCCUUGCAUUUCUAUGGUAGCUUGGUGGGAAAAUUCUGUCUGAUUGGGCAAGAAAAGGCAGUCGUCCGAUCGCUUAUUCUUCCCGCGUUGCAGAAAUGUGAAGCAAAUUUUGUCUGGCGUAGAUUGUUACAGACCCUUUUUAAACAUAUUCCUCAUCGAGCGCAUGAGCCUUUGAUUGUUGAGCUGUUGAGUGCUGUGGAAGAUGGUCGGCAAAUGGUUUUCGUAGUUGGCUACGAUAUUUCGGAACCGCAGCUCAGCCGGCUUCUGACAAAGACAAUAUUCUUUAAUAAGUACUUUCCUCCGCCGAAAGAUGUUCAUAUUUUUCGGGCAGUGCUUCAGCUUUUCUGGGCCUUGAAUCAGGAUCGCAGUGCAUUUAAAGAGGUACUCAUUUCCCUGGCUGGCGCAUGGGGAAACAGCUGCGCGCACCGCUUUUUAGCCGUGGAAUAUGAAAUGUCACUGACAAAGGCAUUGAUAUUGGCUGCUGGUGUUUUGCGAGAAUGUUUACCUUGUGAUGCGGAACUCAAACAGAAGGUGCUUGUGGCUGUGCUACCCGGAGUUGAAAAGCGUUUGAAGUCCACAGAUUCCCGGACAAGACGAAGUGGAAUGGUUGUGGGAGAGAUCGUGACCAAACUGGUCGACAUAACGCCGGAAGCAGCUUUGAAAUUUGAGUAUGUGGACUCCGACGAUACAAAAUAUUUGAAAUCCCUGAUGGAAUGUCGUGCUGUUGAAUCGGUGGGGUUUCCUGGCUCAAAACAACCAGUUUGGACGAUUAAGACUAUUGAUGAAGAAAACGCUCCAGUGGCGGAGCCAGUUACUCAAGGCGCAGUCAAGCCACUCGAGGAUCCUCUUUCCGAAGCAGUUGACAGCGAUGACGAUCUUGUUCCAUACAGCAAUACUGUUUCGCGAACUUCAGUCAAAACAAAGUUGUCUCUCGGUAGACCACAGUACCUGCAAGAUUGCUAUGAUGGCCUGAUAAAUAAAGAGGAUCCUGCGAGGCGAAAAGUGUGUUUGGAAUCUCUUGCGGGACUUUUGGAAAAGCAGAAAGACACCGCUGAGUUUAUGGUGGACAAUUUCUUGCAAGUGCUUUAUUCCAUUGAACUGGAGGGUUCUCUGGCUGACUGUUCAGCUGAUCGAAGUACUGCGCUAAUCAGAAUCGCACUUGAUCAUCCGAAAAUAAGUGGAUGUUUUUAUGGAAAGGAAGUCAGAAUGAAUAACUACGGCCUGGGCGCUCGGCUGGAAAUGCUUCAGGUUAUCCGAGCGGCAGCAAAUGAGCUUAGCCAUUCAGUUGGUGACGUUACUGCUAUCGAAACGGGAACACCUUUGGAGAGUACUGUCGAUGGCAAAACUCGACGUUUUGCAUCGGCUACCAAAAUAUCCCAUGGAAUGAAACACCGUUUUGUGAACUUUGCUCGCUUUUAUAUUAUGCCGCUAAUAAGUACGGGCUAUACUCCAAGGACACCGGUGUUUUUACUACAACAAGAAGAUGCGAUGCUGCUAAGUCACCUGGUGCAAACUCUGACGCUUCUUAUGCACUAUGCCGAAAAGUUGCCGGAGACUCCAGGUCUUUGUUUGCGCGUCAUUGAGUAUGUGUGGGAUUUAAAAGACCACCAUGAUCCGGCUGUCAAACAGGCCGUUCUGGUGUGUCUUGCUGUGUGUGUGCAAGCAGUGCCUUUGGAUUUUACGUCUGCAAACAAAGAUUUCGGAUUCAUUGACCAGCUUAGACAAUACCUUUCAGAUGUGAAAUCCUUUGAUCCCAAUUCGAAGUGCGCGGAACUGGCUUCUCAAGUUCAAAAAAUGUUGGAUCAUACUAUUAGCAGUAAAAUAAUACUUUUUUCGGGACCAAAACAGUCUUUCUCUGCUUUGGAUAUAAAUCGACGGGACUGGAAGCCUGUAACUCUGGAAGACGUAAAAAGGAUAUCAUCGUUGUCUAAUUAUUCAACCUUUUGGCGAAGCUGAAAAAUGAUCGGCUUUCAUCAGUUUAGCAUUCUCUUGUGAUUUAUAAAUAUUGGCAUUAAAUUGUGAUAUAUUUUGGAGAACGGAAAGUCGAUGCCAUAGAAGGUGCUUUGGACAAUAAAUCU